UCCACCUGCUGGAGGGAGGCCGGGGCGGAGCUAAGAUGCGGAGGGAGGUGACGCGCCAGCGAUCCAGAUCCCCGGCUCUGGGCCCGACCCCCAAGGCCCAGACCGCAGCAGGCUCCUCCGGCUGCCCCUCGGAUAAAGAUGGUCUCCAGGAUGGUCUCUACCAUGCUAUGUGGCCUAGUGUUUUGGUGGGCAUUGGGAUGGACCACAACAUCUGCAUACAGCCCGAGAACCCCUAACCGGGUCUCAGAAACAGACAUCCAGAGGUUGCUCCACGGCGUUAUGGAGCAGCUGGGUAUCGCCAGGCCGCGGGUGGAGUACCCAGCUCACCAGGCCAUGAAUCUUGUGGGCCCACAGAGCAUCGAAGGUGGAGCUCAUGAAGGUCUGCAGCACUUAGGUCCUUUUGGCAACAUCCCAAACAUCGUGGCAGAGCUGACCGGAGACAACAUUCCCAAGGACUUCAGUGAGGAUCAGGGCUACCCAGAUCCUCCAAAUCCCUGUCCCAUUGGAAAAACAGUAGAUGAUGGCUGUCUAGAAAACACUCCUGACACAGCAGAGUUCAGUCGAGAAUUCCAGUUGCAUCAGCACCUUUUUGAUCCAGAACAUGACUAUCCAGGCUUGGGCAAGUGGAACAAGAAACUCCUUUAUGAGAAGAUGAAGGGAGGACAGAGACGGAAGCGGAGGAGUGUCAAUCCAUAUCUACAAGGACAGAGACUGGACAACGUUGUUGCAAAGAAGUCAGUCCCACAUUUUUCAGAUGAGGAUAAGGAUCCAGAGUAAAGUGAAGAUACCAGGCCCACAUCGCCAUUAGGCCUCUGUAUUGCUACAUGCACGUUAUUAGAGCCCCCAUGAAUGGCAGCAUGUUUCUAAAUUAGGUAACUAUGGAUGAAAAGCAGCUGUAUUUUGAUAGUGCAUUGUCCUUCACACUGAUAAUUCUACUUUCUGCUAAAUGAGAAUAAGAGCUUUUUUAUUUUAACUGUGUAUCUGCAGUGAGCACUCAAAUUAAAGUGUAUAUGUCAAAAACAAUAAAAAACAAGACUGUAGAUGAAAUAUUCUAAGAUUUCUUGCAGCUUGAAAUGGUGUUUUUGGCUACACUGUUUUGGCCAUUCUGUAAAAAACUGGCAUUUGCUUUUGAUUAUGUAUUUCAUCUAGCCCUUGGGCAUCAUUACACACCAAUAAAGAAGAUUGUACUCAAGAGGAGGAGAUGAUACAUUUCACUUGGCUACAUUUUAAUAAAUGUGUAUGCAAGCA